AUGUGGUCAAAAAUUGUUGGCCAACUUAAACCACAACCAUUUUCUUCAAUAUUUGGAGGAUCAGCUCCUCCUCCCACAACUACACCAUCUCUAAAACAUGACAAGCCAUACGGUAGAAGAUCUAGUGUUGGAUCGUCAAAAGAUCCGCGUAUAACUGUAGCAAGACGAAAAACUAGCUUGUUAUAUGGAGUGGUGGGCGAAAUAUCUGAACGAAAUAAAUCAGAUAAUCAAUCUCCGCGAAAAAUAAUCCCGCCCGAGCAGCAAAAAGAAUUAAAUUCACUUUUUCUACAAUGGCAAAAUUCUUUUGAUGAAAAGGAUCGAAUCUUUUUCCUAAUAGCAACUUCGCGUAAAUAUUUUGAAAUUUUUUUUGAAAAUCCAGAAAUGCUUGGUGAAAGUUUGGACGAUUUGGAAAUUUUUACUGAUGCCAUAACAAGAUAUUUAAUUGACAGUAUCCGAAAAUCAUUAUCUUCAGAAAAUAAAUUACAGGCUAGUCAGGAUAUAUUACGGAUGUUGGCAGAUGAGACAAAAUUAUUUUUUAUUAUCAAGACGAUUAAUUUAUUAUGCGAUGGACCUGAAUUUAUAUUUGAGAUUAUGUCGGCACAUUCCCUUCCCGCUCUCUUAAUUGAGAUAUUUCAAUGUUUUGUUGAAGUUUCUUCACAAGCUGAUUAUCCACAAAUGAAUCUUGGUGAUGAAAAUCAUACACAGAAAAUGGCUCCUUCGGAAGUAAUUGCAGACAUCUUGGAAGAUAUUCUUGUUAAUUUCGUAUCAAUUUCAAUAACUUUAACUCAAAUGUUGGAACAAGACUUGUUAUAUUCAUUAAUUACGAUGGUGAUAACGAAACAAUCAUCUCCAGGUAUUAAUCUUUGGGUCGAAAGAGUAUUAGAAGUUUUUGUCGAACUUUUCGCUUGUGCCACACAAGACGUUGUGACUUAUUUUGUUAACAAAGAUAUUAUGGGUACUCUUAUGAAAAUAUUAAAAAGUAGUAUAAAUAUGGAAGGAAAUAAAUUUAUUGACAAUGGACAAUUGAUAUAUACUGGAUCUUUACUUAUAGAAUUAAUACAAGGGGCUCUUCACGUGUCACCAAUUUUUCUAGAGUCCUUUAUUAAUAUGAAUGGUUAUGAGACUUUAUUUUAUCUACUUAUAUUUCCUCCUUUCGAUACAAACAAUGUAACGUCAAAGGACACAUUAAUAACAAUGGUCGAAGAUCUGGUAUUUGCCGGUGCAGAUGAAUUGAAACCCGUUGUAUCUCAAGGAACUCCUUAUCAACAUAGUGAUUUUCAAUUGCCUACUGAAAAUGAGGAUGAUGAUGAAACUCUUUUUCGCAAUGAAAAAGCAUUUCAAGUUUUAAUUUCUGCUUUGUUAUAUCCAGAUACAUCAUUUUAUCCUUUCUCAUCGGAUUUUAAAAUUUCGGAUUCCAUAAAAAUUCCUGAUAUUUUUCGUCAAAAAAUUGUUGUUGCUAUUGCAGAGAUUUUAAAAUCAAAUCAAUCGAAUUAUUUCUUAAUUGAAUCUUUAAAUGUCUUACCAACAAUAAUUGAACAAUUGGAUAGAUUUAGUCCUAAAGUUCAGAGGUCAAUAUUGGAUUUAUUGGUAUUUGUUAUGGUUGAUCUAAAUUAUGUUCCAUUCAGGGAGUUGGUUGUAUUGUUGCUUCAUUUUCAAGGUCAAUCUUUGAAACAUACGACAGCAAUAGUUUGUGAAACUGUUACUUCAUUGUUACAGUCAUCUUCAAAAUUCAAAGAAGUUUUUCGUGAAAUAGGAUUGCUUAAUAUGUUAUGUAGUCUACUUCAAGAUUUAACAACUACAUUACAGGAGAAAUUUGGUAACACUCAUUUUGCUAGAAGAAUUUCAAUUUCUCAAUUAAGUGACGUAUUAGAUAAUCAACAAACCGAAUCUUCGAAAAUAAAAAGUCGAUUUGGUCCUGAAGUUAUUGAUAAUUUUCAUUUGAUUUCUGAAUGUCUUGUUGAAUUAUUAAAAAUCAAUAAGACAAAUCUUUCUUUGUUUGGAUCUACUUAUAAAGGGAAUUUAUUUGAUCUGCUUCAAUACGACGAGACUCGUGAUGGAGCUUUAUCCAUAUUUGAAACAUUGGUCGUUGAAGGUUAUGUAUUAUCUAAUGAUACUGAUCCGCAAACACCAAUGUCAAAAAUUGCAACAUCUUUCUCUUCACAAUCAUGUAUUGAACAUUCAUUCCAAUUUGGAAGAUUGAUUGAAAUAGUUCAAUCUCUUCCCAGAUUCGAUCUCAAAAUGAAAAGGCAUAUUCUUUUGUCUAUGAAACGUAUAUUAGUUUCUUGUCCAGAUAUGAAAGAUGUAUUUAGAGAAUCAGGUGGCUUUGUUUGUCUUGUAAGCUUGUUGGUGGGACUAGAGGAUAUUUUUAAAUUAUUAGCAAAUCCUAAUAGCGAUGAACAAAAUUCAAGUGCGCUACAAAGCUUUGAAAUUGAUGAAUUACCUUCAAAGUCACAAGCAAUUGAUUUAUUAAAAGCUAUUUUUUUGAUUUUUGCUGAAGCAAUGUCGAACCAUGAUUCUAAUCGACGAUUUUUCGAUAGUUCUAUUGGAUAUAUUUCCGUCAAAGAUGCUAUUUGUCUUACGGAUAUCCUUUCUUCUACUGGUUCACCCGAACAUCUUUUUGGAAUACUUUUUAGUUUUGCUAUAGAAAAUGAAUUUAUCACGGAAGUAUUUAUUGAUGACAUCUCAAAUACAGAAAAUAUAUCUACAAAUAAUAUAUCUACAAAUAAUAUAUCUACAACUAAUUUAUCUACAACUAAUUUAUCUACAACUAAUUUAUCUAUGAAUAAUGAAGCUGAACCAAGCAAGAUCGUAAAAAUGUUGGGAAAUCUUACAGACGAAAUUAGAAAUCCAAGUAUAAUUCCAACAAUAAUGGAUUUACAACUUUACGUAAAUCAUAAUCCUAAAUUGGGUCUAAAGAUUUAUGAGGCGUUGCUAGCACUUUCUUAUGCAAAUCGACGUAACCAAGUCAUGAUGAAUAAAUCUGGAGUACUUGAAAUUGUUUUACGUCGAUUGUUCCCAGCUUUAAAUGAUGAAAGAAAAAACAUUGAUCCUCAGGAAAAACAAUUUUUGACUAGAUUAGCUCAGAGAUUAAUUGAAAUGGGUGUUUCCACGACCGAAAUUAGAUUUUUAUUUGAGCAAUUUGAAAAUGGAAAUCAACAACCGGAAGAGAUAAACACUAAUGUUGAUGGAACACUCAUGACUGUUAUGGACAUGGUAUUAUUUGGUGUACAACGAAGUCGCUGGCCUCGUUUUGUUCAAUUUGAUAUGUGCCAAUUCGGUUAUUCUUGUUUGGAAAUGAAUAAUCUGAGUGAUAGGCAAUUUCCUCCCGCGAAUGGAGGAUACACCUUUAUGACUUGGUUAGAUAUUGAAAAUUUUGAUUUAGAUAUUAACCUAACUCUCUUGGGAUUAAGUGAUGACGAGAAUCGUUGCUAUUUGCAUAUAUACAUUGAAGCUCAAACUCAUAGACUAAUAGCUCAAAGUUCACCAGGGCGUGGAGCUCGGUUUGAUAGUUUCGAAUUUCGAACUGGUUGUUGGUAUCAUAUCGCCCUUGUACAUAAUAAACCACGCAUAGGAUCUCCCUCAUCAAUAUCUCUCUAUGUGGAUGGAAGAUUCGUAGAAAUAGUUAAAUGUCCUUAUUUAGGACAACCUGCUCCAAAUAAAGCAAUUAGAUCUUAUAUAGGUACACCAAUAGAUGUUGCGCGAAAAAUAGGAAAAGGUUAUGCAAAACUUGUAUGGGAUUUAGGUCCAUGUUAUUUUUUUGAGGACGAUCUGGAUGGUGAUAUUAUCAGUGUAUACUAUCAUCUUGGUCCUCGAUAUUCUUCUAAUUUUCAAGAUUCUUUGGGUCAAUUCCAAACCUAUCAAACAUCCACGUUGCUCAAUAUGAGAGUUGAAGCUUUGAGUCGUCAGCGAAAGGAUUCAAACAUUGAACUUGAUCAUUUGGCUAUGGUAAACGCAAUUCGUGGGAAUAAUAGCCAAACAUUACCCGAGGAUAAAAUCAUUUUUGCUUUUAAUGCAAGCAAUGUUCUUGUAUGCGGUCAAAAUACUAGUAUUCUCGGUGCAGGACUUUCAGAAGGUACAUCACAAGCACUUGCGAUUGGAACCGCCAAUACAAAGGUGAUUUUAAACGCUGCUGUACCAAAAGUUGAACGUGCUUUGAGAGUUCCACAUGGACUUGCUUAUUUGAGAGGGGAUCCAGUUACUGCCGUUCCGUAUGGGAUGGAUGAUUCGAUUUGGAAGAUUGGAGGUUCUGCUGUAGUUUUGAGAAUGAUUGAGAGAGCGGAGACUGCUACGGACUUGUUUAAAACUGUUUGCACUCUCAUUGAACUUAUUCGUUUUAGUUGGCGUAAUUCUGAAGAUAUGGAAAGGAUUCAUGGAUAUGAAAUUUUAGCUUAUUUGUUGAAACAAAAACAUGGUCUACUGACUAUGGAACUUUUAAAUUUACUACUUGUUUUUGUAGGAUUAAAUCCACUUUCUCAUAAUGACUCGGUAAUUAUAAAUCCACUUGCUUAUAGAUUCUUGAUUUUGGAUUUCGAUUUAUGGAGACAUUCUCAUGAAUCUGUGCAAAGAGCACAUCUUCAUCAAUUUUCAAUCUUUAUUCAAUUGAGCCAGCACCAUCAUUUUAAUGCUAAACGACUUAGCAAAAUGCAUGUUGUAAAGAAAAUGUUAGUAGCCCUAAAGACGAAUAUUUACCAAAAAGAGCUGUUAACUGAUUUUAUAGCGACUUUAAAAAUUGUAGUAAAGUACAAUUUUACAACCGAAGUUAUAAGAUCUAUUGCCACUUUUUUGGUCUCUACAUUAAAUAAAAGUUCCCCUACUCGCCGUUUAGCUCGUAAAGAAUCACCUCUUAAAACUGGCAUGACUGUUACAUUUUCUCAUGAGAAUGCUGGUAAAACCUCAUCAAAAACUAUUGUAACUGAUGUUAGGAGUGUUCCUGUUGAAACAAUGGCAAAACAUAUUGGAGUUAUGGUUAUGGAAAUGUUAACAGAAAUCGUUUGUGAUAAAUUAAACCCUUUUUAUGUUAACAAAUUUGCUACUACGAUUACAAACAAAUGGCCUUUACUCUUCUUUAGUGAAGAUUCAAACCCUUUUUGGGUAGUGUGUGCAGCUAGAAUUUUAUCCAGACUAUUUCAUUCUCAAGGAACUAAUUAUAUCAAUAAAUUCCGCACUUCAUCUGAAGGGUUUACGGUUAUGCAAAAAUUACUUCCACAAUGGUGGUAUCUGACACAAUUGCAACAAACACUUUUCACCAUGCUUUUCGGUGUAGACAUUUGCGAUGUUCCAAUUGAUGCACCAUUCGAUCUUUUUUCUCUUUUAACGUUAUUCAGAGCAAAAGAUGACACCACUCAUAUAGUUGUUCCUGAUGUAAUGCCAAUAAUUUUACUCAUGUUGAAGGAAGGAAUUAAUACCAUAGUACAAAUGAGUUAUGAUGUUGAAAAAGAUAUCUCGGCUAAAGGUAAAUCUCAGGAUGAUGCGGUGAUUCAAAGAAAGCGGUCUUCUUCAAAACAUCAGAGACAACGUUCAAGAUCUCUUACUAGAGAUUUGGAAACAUUUAAUGGAAAUGAUGAUAAACCUACAAAAGAAACAUUAUCUAAGUUAUCACAUGUAGAACAAACAUUCAUCCAUUUCCUCACGGAUAUGCAUAAUAACUCCACAGAAUUUAGUGAACUUUGUUAUAAAAGCGAAAUCAUGGAUGUUUUCAUCGAAAUAUUGUUUCCUAUAGUAUGUGCAUGUGAUGAAGUAUCAAUUGAGACAGAACUUUAUUCGAAAGAAUUUGGUUUAUCAUUUGACGCCGAUUCGACAUUUGAAAAGUUAUUGAGUAACAAUUUAAGUAAUAAUGGAGUAUCUGGAGUAUUACCUGUUUUAAAUACUUUUUUACGUCAAUCUAAACAUUUUUUUGAUGAAGAGCAUGGCGAAGAAAUGAAAUCUUUUUCAUCCAAUCCAAUGAUCAUUACUACUGAACCUUUUCAGGAUAGUCCUUACGAUUCGCCAACGCGUUCUAGUCCUACACAAAGUGAUCUGGAAGAUGAACCUGAUUCAUUAUUUGUAGGAAUUAGGCUUCCGGAACGUAAAGAAAAGAAACCAGAAUAUGAGGAACAUAAAAAUACUACUGUAGAAAGUCUACUUGAAUUUAUAGUAUCAAUUUGUGUUAAUUCAAUAUUAGAUGUAAAAACGAAACAAUUGGCUGGACUUGAUAUUGUUCUGAGAUCAUUUCCACCAUCUUUCUUGGAACAUCAGAUUCAAUUGGAGAGUUAUAUUUUAUUACACGUUUUGGGAAGUCUCAAAAGUACUUUGCAACUUGACAUGAAUUUAUUAAACGAUCACCGUAUUGUUGCAAAUGUAGCUCGAUUUUCCCAAAUGGCUACAGAUACGAUAUAUCAAGGAUGGUUUUUAGAUGGAUGUAAUCAAAUGUAUGAUUUUAUUACUAUUGUUCUUGAGGGAAUUCAAAGAAUUGAUGAACCAAUUGGAAAACGUUUCAAUGAUCAAUGGAUAAGUAUCCUAUACCGUUCAUUAGAUAGAAUAAUUCUUUUUAAAUUGUCCGAAAUCGAUCAGACUUCUACAAAGACAAGUGUUAUUAUCGAAAUUUUAGAAAAAUUGAUAUACCAUCAGAAAGUUAUUUUUAGUCCCUUCAAUACGGACCCUGAUUUUUUAAAAUGUCUUUGUUAUCAUCUUUAUAAAUUUUUACUUUACGACCAUCAAGAAGUGAAAACUAAUUCAACGAGUAUUUGGAAAUUGCUUAUGCUUCAAAAACCAAUAGAAAUGUCUGGAAUCUUGAAAACGCGAGUUAAAGGAAUAGAAUAUAAAGAAUUAGUCGAAGGAUUUGCAAAAUUAUUAGAAAUGGAUCUUAAAUCUUUUUUGGAAUGGAUUGAAGCCCGUAAAAUUCAACUUGAUGCUUUAUUUCAAGAAAACAUUUCGAGAGUGUGGGAGUCUCUUAUAUUAUCUGAAAUUAAAAGCUGCAAAGAAUCUUUAAAAAAUAUACACUCGAAAAGAAUGAGUAAACUUAAAAAAUUGUAUAAGAAAGCUUCUAUAGAACAAGAUUUUUUCAAUCAAUAUAGAAUUAAGACUAACCAAUGGUCUAGACAUAUUCAGGAAAUAGAAACAGGUAGAUAUUAUAAAUCUAUCCAAGAUAACAUCGAUCACUAUAAUUAUGUGAGAGAUGAAUGGGCAAAAACAUCUACUGAUUUGUUUCGUGAGCGAGCACUUUGGGGUCGAUGUCGAAUGCGAAAAAAAUUAGAACGGAAUGAAGACCCAAGAUUAUAUUCCUAUCGACCAAAAAGUUGUAAAUACGAAAAUAUAGAAAAAGAGGGAGAAAGUCCGCAAUCUUCACCAAUGACUAAAUCGACAACAAGUCUUGAAAUCCCUGGAAAUCGGUUAAAAAAAGUUUCGGAUCGGCAAAUGACUCUUACCCCUAGUAGUCCAAUUAAUGCAAAUGAUACAGAACCUUCCUUUGAUGUUGAAUCAGUGGGCAAUAGUCAAUAUACUGAAUCACAAGCUGAUUUUGAUGACGAAAAUGCAUUUGAAGAAGAUAAAAAUCGAAAAGUUUUAAGAUCAUUAGAACAUGGUGAUGCUGUACUGGAUAUAUAUAAUAUAAGCCGCAUUAUUGGAUUAGAUGCGUGUG